AUGUUAUUAACAAAAACAUACAAAACAAUCAAAGUAUAUCUACCCGUCCGGACAAAAGUGAAUCUACCUGGCAGAGCAAAAGCGGAUCUACUUGCCACCAAUACCUGUCUCACUUGGAAAUCCACUGCGUGCUCUACUCUCCGUCACAUCUCAUUUCGUAGACUUCAGUUUGUACACAGCGCUCACUUCGAAAGAACGUAUUUUGAUAUGAUCCCCAAUUGCAUCUUGUUGAUAUUGAUCGUUGUCGUCAUUCAACCGGGUAAAUCCCAACGAUUGGCGAAUUUCGAAGGGGCUCAUGUAGCCUUAAUAGGAUGGACCGAUCCGACAGAUGGCAGCAUCAAAUUCGAUUGCACGGGUUCGUAUUUGGGACGAAACAUGAUUCUGACUGGAGCACGUUGUCUCGAACGAAACGGAACCCGUGCGAAUGUUGUUCGACUCGGUGAAGCUAUUGGGUUACCGCGGGAUUUUGAAGUUGAUAACGUGUCCGUUCAUUAUCGGUAUCAGGCUGAAUAUUACUACCACAACAUGGCGAUAAUAUUCCUCAAAGAGAACCCGCAGAUGGUAUCCAGUAGGUUCAAACCGGCAUGUAUAUUUUCAGUCGAGCCACCGUUGGAUAUCAAAGUUCAUGUUGUUGGUAGAGAUUCGAGAGGUUCGUUCCAGAAAACUUCUGUAGAUCUUGUUGGUUCGGAUAAGUGUCACGAGUAUUACACACCGACGAAAAAGUUUAAAUACGGUGCUUUGCUCGUUUGUUGCAUGUGCGCUCGUAACCCGACAACGCAAAACUGUGCGAGCGAGCUGGCAUCUCCUAUGCAAACAAUUCUGGAGAAAAACGGAAAGCGUGUCCCAUUCUUGGUAGGACAGAAAACGAUAGGGAAAUCGUGCGGCUCAAAAAUACCGGGAAUCUACACGCGGUUGAGCUCAGAUGGACAUUUGCCGUGGAUUUCAACCAUUGCUGCAAUGGAUUUCAAGGAUCAUGACGCUUGCAUCGAACGGUAUUGAACUAUUACAGGAAAUAAGUAAUCAGUCAGUGUAUUCAACUGAGGAAGGUUAUCCGGAGAAAAAACUACUAACCACGCGCACUUCAAAGUUAACAAAAAUGCUUGUAACACUAAAUCCGUAACAAUGGAAUAAAAUCUUUAUUUAUCGGGGCAAAA